UCGCAAGAGUUUGUGUUUAAGUUCACACCUUCAUUAUUUUUCUCUAUAUGAAAUAACCCCUGAACCCUAACCCUAACCUAAGUCACAUAACAUGGUUAUGGUAGCAUACACUUUGCAUUAUGGUGAUAGUAGGUUUUCUGAAAAUACCUCUUUUCUUAGACCUGCAGUCAUUCCAGCCAUGUACAUGUAAUGAUGAGAAUAUUUAUAUGUAUUGAUGAACAUUGGAAUCUUUUAACUGAGCCAAUUGGCUACUUGGAAUCAUGUUUCUCGGCCAAGAAUGGUACUCCAAGGCAGGCAUCCAUUUGUAGCCAUUCGCGGGCUUGCUUGAAAAUUAGAAAGAGCAUCUUUAAUAAUCCUGAACAUUCCUUGAUGGGCUUAGAAGAGUUUUCUCAUGUUUGGAUUUUGUUUGUUUUUCACAAAAAUGGUCAUUUGAACUGUAAGGCAAAAGUGCAGCCUCCUAGGCUGAAUGGCGCUAAGACUGGAGUUUUUUCCACAAGGAGCCCUCAUCGUCCCAAUGCAAUAGGACUGACCCUGGCCAAACUGGAAAGGGUGGAAGGUGGCACUGUUUACCUUUCGGGAAUCGACAUGAUUCAUGGCACACCUGUACUAGACAUAAAGCCCUAUAUAGCUGAUUAUGACUCGCCACAAAAUUUGGUGGAGCCCCUAGGGAACUUUGAUUUGCAGUAUCACCAACAUAAACCACACACUGUGUUCCAGCCUGAUGGCAAGACUGAUAGCUCUGACCAGCAGCAGCUGUCAGCUUGGGAUGAAGCACAGCCACACAGUCACCCAGAGGAGAAUUUGAAAUGUCCAGGUGAAGCCAGAACUUCAAGAGAAAACAGCCCGGACAACGACAAGACCGCAAACCUGCGAAACCCGCCUAAGCACAGGGAGGUGGGAGCAAAUUUGGGUAUAGAGUCAAGAAGAGAUCCGAGUCUCCUUGUGGCAGGAGAGUGUGUCAGACCAUGUCGCCUGGAGAAGAGCACCUCAGAGGAAGGUGCAAGCAAGAGAAACAGGAGAGAGAGAGAAGCCACGGCCAUGCAAGGAAAGCGUGUGGAGGUGCAGGCCUCAGGGCCUCCCCAUCACCCCAGCAUGUCUGAGGCAGCUCGGAGCAGUGCAGUGCCUCCAUGGGUUCGGGAGGCCCCUGUGGCCCCCUUGGAAGUCCGGUUCACUCCUCACGCAGCAAGGGACCUGGGGCACCUCAGUUCAGAAGGUGUGGGUCAGGCUACAUUUAAAUAUUUUCAGUCAGCAGAGGAAGCCAAGUGCGCCAUUGAGGCUGUGCUGUCAGCCGACCCUCGGUCUGUGUAUCGCCGGAAGCUUUGCCAGGACCGCCUUUUCUAUUUCACUGUAGAUACGGCCCAUGUCACUUGCUGGUUUGGUGAUGGCUUUGCAGAGGUGCUAAGGAUCAAGCCUGCUUCUGAGCCUGUUCAUAUGACUUACCCUGCGGAGUCCUUGGUGUCUCUGGGAUCGUAAGACGCCGCCAUCUCAUCUUUAUGACAGUCUGGUUGACUUUGGGUGUGACUGUUGGAUUUUCUAUAUGAGUUUAUGAUGUGCCUUCUUUGCAGAAAGAAGCAACAUUUUGUGAUCUCACUGCUGGGAUGAAUUUGGAUUGUUGAACAUAUUUAUUUGGAAAACAUUUUAAUAAACUUAACUGAGAGAUACGAAAUUUAGAGAAAUUGCUGUAUGCCAUACCUUCUCACCUGUUUAUUUUGAGGAAUCCAACGGUGAUGCUG